GUUGCCAAUGUGUUCACAACGGUGGACCCUCUUUUGGGCUUUUUACAACGGUUGUCUUCAUUCUUCGGUCAAUCUAGUAUGGAAAGUAGACAACAAUGGCUUACCAGGCUGAAAAAUGAGCUUAGCAACAGUCCUCUGGUAUCAAAUGUGGCUUUUGGCUUUAUCCUCAUGGGACUAGAGAAGUUGGUGGAGCUGGAGUUUGAGUGUCCUUGCAGCCCUACAUGGAACGGAGCGUUUUCCUCAGCUUUCUUCAUCAUUCCUGCCGUCAUGGCCUUCACCUUGAUGCUGAUCAUUCAAGGAUGCAGAUGUGACACGUGGUGCAGGAAAAAUGUUUCCCUCUCCAGUUUUGUUCCCGCUAUCGUGUGGCUGAUCUUGUUGUUCCUCGACGGCCAGUACUUUGCGUGCGCUAUGACAGACUGGGAGGGUAGAUUUGUACUAGUGGACAAGGCAGCGCCACAGAAGUGGUGUGAGCCAGUAAGUGAGGGAGAUGUCACCCCACAAGAACUAAUGCUCCGCUCGCAGCAGCUGUUUGUUUUUUCUCAGGUUAUAGGCAUAUUCCUCCUCAUUUUCAUCUGUGUGGGUCUUGUAGUGUACGUGAUCAGAGAGAGCUGCCAUCAAGAGGUGGAGAUGCAGGAUGCAGAUGUAGCUGAACUCACGGUGCUCAGGAUGAGCUCUCUACGAACCAGGACAUCGUGAGAGGACUUACACCGCCCACCACACCUGCCCUGCUGGCACGGACACUUUGUAAAUACCAACAGACUUCUCUAUGAGUUACUUUUUAUUAAGCUAUUCUUCUAUUUGAAAGUACUUUCCCCUGUAGAAGCUGGGUAUACAGAGUAUCUCAAAUCAUCUGAUAUACAUACAGUGUAUAUACUGCCAUAAACCUGGACCUUAUUGACAGCCACUGUAGCAUCUCUGUGUGUUCAGUGAGUAUGUAACCAGUGCUGUGCCUGUGUUCAUCUGAUACUUCAGUGCAGUGACUUAUUAGUGUCCACAGAUCUUUAAAGAAGUGGUCUGACAUUUUUAUUGCUAAUAAUUAGAUGAGACGGUCAGACAUCACUCCUGUUAGCCUCUGAAGAGCUAUGAACAGUAACGGACUAGCUUUGCUUAGCCUAGCCGAUCUUAGCUUAGUUUAGCUUAGCUCAGCCUAUUUUUGCUUAGUUUAGCUUAUUUUAGCUUAGUUUAGCUUAGCCUAGUAUAGCUUAUAUUAGCUUAGUUUAGCUUAGCUUGAAGCCUCAGAACUGUGGGAACCAGCUAGUCCCAUCCAAAGUUAACAAAAUCACCAACUAAUCUGUCUGUUAUAUGAAACUAUUUCUUCUAAUGCAAGAAAUUGAUGAAUACGCAACUCACCAUAAAAUCGGGAAUAACCAGUCUUUGUCCUAAGAGAAUUAGUAACAGCUAGCAACAACCUGCUUUAUGUUUACUUUACAAAUGUGAGAGUUUUGCUCACUCAUUGGACAUUAACGCGGGAAGAAAAUAAGCCAACAUGUCUGUGAAGGUUCUCAGUCAUCCAGGUCAUGGUGAUCCUUUUGGAAAAUUGCCAACGCUCUAAAAUGCCAAACAAUUUCUUUAAAGUGACAACUCACAUUUAGUGUGUUCUUCAGUGGACGCUAAUUUUCAGCCUGAAAGCUCAGAGGAAAAAAAAACAUGCUGUCUGACAUUUUGUUUCAGCCUUUUACACCUUAAAUAUAAAUUUUUUAUUCUUCCCAUUCUUCUUACAUUUCUUUGCCUAAAGGUGUUUUCGUGCCUUCUGUAUUAGUUAUAUCGACGCAAGCGGAAACCACCAGGCAGCUGAGUAAUAUUAGUUUAAUUGUACGGUCAUUUGAUAUGUACAUGCCAAAAAUGAAAAUGCCCCCAUCAUGUCUAGUCGUAGCUAACAGGAAGGUUUCAGUCUUAACUUAAAUAAUUAUAUACCUAUAACUAGAGGUGUAAAACCACGUUGAUUUGUAUCAUGGCUGCAACCGGCAAAAGUAGGAUGUAGAUACAAAUUCUGCAGCAGUGCAGUAUGUUUUUUAUAUAUAUUGUUUUGUAAUAAAAGAAUGUAUUUAUUGAAGUAAAA